AUGGACGCACUACAACAAUCAAUGAACACAAUGAUGGAGCUUCUUAACGCAAAGAUGGUAACAUUCCAAGAGGAUCUCCAAAGGAUAAGUACUACACCAGCCACAAUCUCCUCAUUGGCGGCAGACUUCACCGCCUUUCGGUCAUUUGCAGCUGAGGUGAUGAACAACCUACAACAUCAGGUACAAAUACUUGCACGUCAAAUGGAACAACUUGAAAUGCGCAGUCGACGCAAAAUCUUGCUGUUCCAUGGGGUUCAAGAGCGUGGGAGCGAUGACUCUGCUUCGGAAGUAGUCAGAAUUGUAACUGAGCACUUUAAACUUCCUGACUUCUCUGCAAAUGACAUCAGUAGAAGUCAUCGUCUGGGACGAUCAAGCGCUGACAAACCAAAGCCUAUUUUAGUAAAAUUCCGAAGUGCAGCUACUCGUAAUAAAAUAUGGUUUGCUAAGACAGCAUUGAAGGAUAGCGGCGUCACUAUGUCAGAAUUCCUGACCAAGUCUAGACAUGAUGCAUUCAUGGCUGCUCGUCAACAGUUCGGAGUGAAGAGAUGUUGGACUCGGGACGGCUAUGUGAUUGUAAUUACAUCAGAUGGUUUAAAACACCGAGUCAGUACUGUCGACGAAGUUCAAAAACUCAUCCAGGUUUCUGCUGCAGUACCAGUAGAUUCAGGUACCACAAAGGCUUUAGGAAAGACAGACCCCGCCAAGGUCACUGCUGCUGCUUCGUCUCGCCUAAAACGGGACAAGAAGAAAUGA